CGCAGUCUGGAGAAACAGGAAGAGACUUUCUGCAGAGAGGAGAAGCGGACGUCGUUCAAACACCGUACGGAUGAAAAGGCUUCAUUCAGGGCAGCGAGAUGAAGAAGCAGAGGGAGAGCCAGUGCACUCAGAAGACCAUCUCAUUGCUGAGCCCCCUGGGGACGAUCCAAGUCAGAGGAUGUGAGAAUGGUGUGCACACCAUCCAGAUCCUAAUGGAUGUCGCACCUGCUGAAAGGAGCGGCGCGGCCCCCCUGAGCUGUGUGGUCAACGACAGCCCGGCAGAAACGAGCCCCGAGUUGCAGCGCGGCGUUGAAUGGCUUCAGGCGUACUUCAGUGAGCCGCAGACCACUGGGAGUCUCCCCCUCCCCGCCUUUCACCACCCCGCCCUGCAAGGAGACGCGUUCACCAGCCGCGUGCUGCAGGUACUUCUGAGGGAUGUGAAGUUUGGAGAGACCGUGUCGUACAAACGCCUCGCUGAGAUGGCGGGAACCCCCAGAGCCGCCCGGGCGGUGGGAGGGGCCAUGAGGAGGAACCCGGUUCCUCUCCUCAUCCCCUGCCACCGAGUCAUUUCUAGCAGUGGACAGAGCGGGCCGUACAUGAGCGGCAAGGGCGACCAUCUCAAACAAUGGCUGCUCACCCAUGAGAGGCAGGGAAGGGAAGGCUAACGCAUGACAGAGGCCAACUGUCCUUCAUUCAGUAAACACACACACACACACACACACACACACACACACACACACACACACACACACACACACACACACACACACACACACACACAGAAGGCCGGGAUUUUUCUUUUUUUUAAGAACACAAACAGGGCCACAAAGUUUAGCGUGCUUGGCACAAUCCGUGGAACAACUGCUGCGUGUAGAUAUUCAGUUUAUUCUUCAUUAUUUUUUGUAUCUAAGAAUAGAGAUGCUGCAUAGUUAAUGUGAUACAGAGUUGUUGCAGAAUUAGAACGUACAAAAAUAACUUAAACAGAGAACAGUAGGAAUUACAAACAUAUGCUCCCGUGGGUCUCCGUUGCGUUUGCCAGAUAGUGCUGGAAUGGUUUUUCUAAAGAAUUAUUAUUCCCUUAAAAAUAUGUCUCUUGCAUUGUUGUUGUUGUUGUUGUUUUUUUUUCCUAAGCAGAAUUAGUCUUUGUACCUCUCGUUGGUUUUUUAAUUUCCUGCCAAGUGAAUGCUUUGUUCAACAUCCAGUGAUAAAGGCUCUGAAUUGUACCGCUACAAAGCUUUGUAGUGAAGCAUUUGUUUUGUCUUCAUUUAGAUCUCAUUGUUUGCUCUCGCCUUAUCCUCCACCUAGAGCCGAGACGUCUUAUGUAUUAUAUACUGCACUUAUGUUACAUUAGACAUGUGUAAAUAAAUACAUCUCAAAAU